UUCAAAAGGAGACAUAUCCAGUUUCCAAUCUAUAUAACGUCACAAUCAGUGAUUAAACAAGCCGCACUUGCAUAUGAAUACCACAAUUUCGUCCGACCAUAACCUCUUUAUUCAGCUAGUGGUAAAAACUUAAACGUGUAAGAUUAUUAGAAAGAAAUUAGUUUAUAAAAGGUAGAGGAAUUAUGAUGGAGGCUAUGAAACAAAAAGUAACGGAAAUGUUAAAGGGCAUUGAAAGAUAUAAUCCAGAUAAUCUUAUAACCUUGAGAAAGUACGUUGAAGUCCAAGUAAAUGAAAAUGCAUACGAUCUUGAUGCAAAUUUAGCUGUAUUAAAAUUGUACCAAAUGAACCCUCAUGCUUUUGAUGAAGAAGUCACUUGCCAAAUACUGCUAAAGGCACUGACUAAUUUACCGCACACAGACUUUGUUCUUUGUAAAUGCCUUUUAAAUCAGAAAAUUAUGGAACUGCCUGAAAUUGCAAAUAUUCUGGAUCUAGCUAAUAUAUUAGAAGAGUGUCAAUUUCAAUUGGCUUGGAAUCAAAUUGCAAAGAUGCACGAUCAAUGCAGUAAAAUUGUUGGAUUUAAUGAUUCCAUUAGGAAAUUUGUUUGUCAUGUCGUGGGAAUUACAUUCCAAACAAUACAUAAGUCAGUUCUGGUUGAAUUAUUAGGUGGAACAUCUCAUAUUAAUGAUGCUACAUUGAAACUGUGGGUAAAAAAGUAUGGCUGGGUAGAAGAAAAUGACAAUAUCAUCUUUAUUGCAAAUCAAGAUGAGAAUAUUAAAACAAAAAAUAUAACAGAAAAAAUUGAUUUUGAAAAUGUUGCCGGACUGAUGGCAGCAUGCUUAUAAUUGAAUUAUUUAAGAAGGACUUGAAAUUUUAAUUCACCCAGAUUUUUAAUUAAAAAUCUUAAA